AUGAUUCAUCUGGAAUCCUUGGUUUGUUUGGCUUGCAAGACCUACAAUAAUGUCAAUUUAUUUGACAAUGAUGCACGACGGCCGUUUGUCGGAACCUGUGGGCACUCGAUUUGUUUGAUUUGUGCAAAUUCCAAUAGGAAUCAGAACUGCCCAGUGUGCAAAAAAGAAGGGGCUUUCAAAUAUGGAGCUGUUAAUUAUAGCUCGUCAAGUAUCAUGGGCAAUUUCGAUUACGAUAUAUUUCAAGUGAUCCGGAAAUGGUGGAUGAGCUAUGAAACUGGAACUGGAGUCUGCUCGAAAUGCUCGGCUCACAAGCUAUUAAGAGUUUGUGAAACUUGCAAAUUAAAGGAAGCAAUCAAAGAUCGAGAUUUAUCGAAAUAUUCUAUUUGCGAGAGCUGUUCAAAAUCAAUUAGAUUUUAUGGAGGGAAAUUUGAAAAUCUCAGGAAUUUCAUGGAUUUAAAGAUUCCCCUCGAGUGUCAUGUCUGUCACACCCAAGUAGAGAAUCCUUUUUUCGACAAUUUUCAGUUUCAAUGGGACACGGAGCAUCUGAAUUUAGCAGAUUUCAAUUUCUGCUCAGAUUGCAUUUUGGAUAAUCAUCAGGAUCAUGUGACGUCGAAAAUUUUAAUCUAUGAAACAACUUAUUUUAGUGUGUUUCCAGAAAAAAGAAAAGAAGCAACCAUUCCAUUGCUAGGGAUGUUGUUGAAGAAGAAAUUAUUCGAAGCAGAUGAAAACAUAAAAUGCAAAUUGCGAUAUAUGAGGAUGAUGAGAAUUUGUGAAAAAAUGAUAACGACUUUCUACUUCGUCAAUUCUAUUGGUUCCCGAAGAAGGUCAAACGAAAACUUCAAAAAACUUGUAUCAAAUAUGGAAAAGCAAUACAAUGAGCACCAACAGCUGAAAAGCCCCUGUCCUUGUUUAAAAGUAUGGAAGGAUUUAGAAAGCAUAGUGAACAUUCUCGAAGAGAAUCCGAGCUUUUGCCGUAUGGUCGAGAAUGUAGGUGUCCUUGAAGUGAGAAAUGAAUGCCCGUUGGAGUUCGAAUCCAAUAGAGUAGAGAAGGAACAACUAAUGGAAUUGAUCAGGAGAGGAGUUAAGGUGGAAGAACCACAACGACUUCAAAUUGGAGACGAUUUUGAUUCAUUUGGAUUGACGCCGCAAUCUUCGAAUAUUAAGAAAUGA